AUGUACGAAGAGAACAAUAUCAGAUCAAUAGAUUUAUUAUCAAAUGAAGUAGUAAAAAAUAAAGAAUACAUAGAGAGAGAAUUUACAAACUUUAUAAAUGAAUUUAAAUACCAAGAUAUUAGUUACUUUAAUCAAUUACAUAUGAACCUAACACAGGAUAAAAGAGAGUUAGUUAUAUUAUUAGAUCAUAUAAACAUGUAUGUACCAGAUCUAUUUAAUGAACUAUCUAACAAUCCACUUGAGAUAACAGAAGUAUUUGAAGAUUGUUUAGCUGAGAUGAGUAAAGAAAGUGGAGGAUUUACAAUUCAUUAUAAAAGCACACAGAACAUUGUUAAGAUAAGAGAUAUAAAUUCAUCAUUAGCUAACAGACUAAUAAAGAUACAAGGAAUAGUAAUCAGUGCAUCAAGUGUAGAAACAAAACCAAAGAAUCUAUAUUUACAGUGUAGAACAUGUUCAAAUGUAAAACUAACUAAAAGUUUUAUUCCUAGAAAUUGUGAUAAUACAGGAUGCCCAUUAGAUCCAUUUUUAGUGAUUUCAAGUAAGUGUGAUAAUGUGGAUUCACAGUAUAUAAAGUUGCAAGAAUUCUUUGAAGAUGUUCCAGUAGGAGAGACACCAAGACAUUUCUCAGUACUGCUGGAGAAAAGUUUAGUUAAUAAAGUAGCUCCUGGUAAUAGAGUUAACAUACUAGGAGUGUACAGUAUUAGAAAUCAAUCAAAUAAGAACUACUCUUAUAUAAAGGCAAUUGGUAUAGAAAAUGAUAGUAAGUCAAGAAAGACAACAUUCACAGGAGAUGAAGAAAUAUUAUUUAGAGAGUUAUCAAGAAAUAAUAUUUAUGAGAAGAUAAAGAGAAGUAUAGCACCAGGUAUUUAUGGAAGAGAUGAUGUUAAGGCAGCAAUAGCAUGUUUAUUAUUUGGAGGUACCAGAAGAAUUAAAGAUGAUGGAAUAACUUUGAGAGGUGAUAUCAAUAUUUUGAUAAUUGGAGAUCCUGGAAUGGGUAAAUCACAAAUAUUAAAGUAUGUUGAGAUGGUAUCACCAAUAUCAGUGUUUACUUCAGGAAAAGGUUCAUCAGCUGCAGGAUUAACAGCAUCAGUAGUAAAGAACAAAGACAAUGAAUUUUACUUAGAGGGUGGAGCAUUAGUAUUAGCAGAUCAAGGGGUGUGUUGUAUUGAUGAAUUUGAUAAAAUGAAUUUAUAUGAUCAGGUAGCAAUUCAUGAGGCAAUGGAACAACAAACAAUUUCAAUAGCUAAAGCUGGUAUAACAACAGUUUUAAAUACCAGGACAUCAAUAUUAGCAGCUGCUAAUCCAUCAUUUGGCAGAUAUGAUGAUUAUAAAGGAUUGUCUGAGAAUGUUGAUUUUAGUUCAACUAUUCUAUCUAGAUUUGAUUGUGUUUUUAUAUUAAAAGAUAAAAGUGAUAAAAAUGAUAAAACAUUAGCAGAACAUGUUUUAGAUUUAAACAUCAAUUCUAAUAAAAAAUUAAAAGAUGAUAAUAUUAUAGAUAUUGACACUUUGAGAAAUUAUAUUGAAUAUGCUAAAUCAAGAUGUAGACCAACACUUAGUGAGAGUGCUUUACAGAAGUUAAGUGCUUUUUAUGUAUCAGUAAGAGAACAAGUUACUACUUAUGAAAGUGAUGCUAAUUCUAGGAAUGUUGUUCCUAUAACAAUUAGACAGUUGGAAGCUUUAAUUAGAAUUUCUGAAUCUCUGGCUAAAAUGGAAUUACAAAAUAUUGUUACAGUCACUCAUGUUGAGGAGGCUAUCAGAAUAUUUCAAUCAUCUACUAUUAACGCUGUUUCUCAGGGUCAUUUUAUUGAAGGAAUGUAUAGGCCUGAUUUUUAUAGUAAAAUUAAGAACACAAUCAUUAAAAUUAAGGAAGUGAUGCCUAUUAACGUGGGUAAAACUUUUGGUGAAGUUGUUGAUUUGUUGAAAGAAAAGGAUGAGUUUUUAAUUAAGAAAUCUAUUGACUUUUUAAUCAAAAAUAAUAAGAUUAUUUCUAAAGAUCAUGGAAAAUUAUUAAUUAGAACUCCUUAA